UGCUAUUCCACCUGUAAUACAACUAUGGACAAUGUCUAUAUAUAUUGCAACUCACUUCUUUUUUCUUCCAUGCAUAUCUGAGAUUUCAGUUCUUUGCUUUCAUUGUAAUUGCUUUGUCUUCUCUUUCACGUUCAGAGUUCAAAUGGAGUUUCAUCUCCAACACAUCUUUGUUUUUCUCACUAUUAUGGCAGUGACAAGCCAUGCUGCUUUAUCUCCUGAGCAAUACUGGAAAACUGUUCUGCCCAGCACUCCAAUGCCAGGAAUUGUGAAACAUCUUCUACAUCCAGACUUCAUGGAUGAGAAAAGCACUUCCGUUAUUGUGGGAGGUAAAGGAGUUGGAGUUGACGCUGAAAAGACUGAACAUAAGGGAAACCCUAUAUAUGUUGCCAAAUUUCCAUUUUUCUUCCCCCUACAAUGGAGAUAUGUUGCCAAAUUUCCAUUUUUCUUCCCCUACAACAAUGUUGCUGCUGCCCCUGAAAAUCAACUCCCUGACCCAAAUGCAACUGUUUUUUUCUUGAAAAAGGACAUGUAUCCCGGCAAAACCAUGAACUUGCACUUUCCUGAAAUCCUAAAUGUUGUAACAUUCUUACCACGUCGAAUUGCCAAUUCCAUUCCCUUUUCUUCCAACAAGUUGCCAAAAAUUUAUAACCAAUUUUCAAUAAAGCAAGGAUCUAUGGAAGCUGAGAUAAUGAAGAAAACAAUAAGAGAUUGUGAAGAUCCUGGAAUUAAAGGAGAGGUAAAGUAUUGUGCUACUUCGGUAGAGUCUAUGAUUGACUUCAGCACAAAUAUCCUAGGAAAGAAUGUCCAGACAAUCUCCACAGACGUGAACCAAAUCCAAUUGCAGAAGUAUACAAUUACAACUGGAGCAAAGAAGAUUGGAAGUGACAAAAUGGUAACGUGCCACAUGAUGAGCUAUACAUACGCCGUCUUUUACUGCCAUACAACACAAAACACGACGGUUUACAGGGUUUCUUUAGAGGGUGCUGAUGGAACAAAGACUCAAGUAGCCGCCGUCUGCCAUUCAGAUACAUCAGCUUGGGAUCCCAAGCACUUGGCUUUUCAGUUGUUAAAGGUCAAGCCAGGAACAGUUUCUAUUUGCCAUUUCCUUCCUCAGGACCACUUGGCUUGGGUUCCCAAAUAAAGGCCUGAAUAAUGGCUAUAAUGAAAUUAUUGCAUGUAACGGUCCGCAUAACACAACGGCCGAAUGUAAGAUUGAUCAUGGUAAGUCCUCCAUGGUUUUCCCCAUGAUUGAUAGCUAUAUAAAAUAAACCGG